CGGCUCUAGUCUGUUGCAUCUGUUGUUGGUAGAACAGUACACUGGCUAGUGUGUGGCGUCAUAGAAGAAGAGCAAACAAUCCACAUGAAAUAAGCAUUUAAAAAUCUCAAUUUAUAAUAACAACGAUGUCGGACAAGGGGGAUGUGGAUUUAACAGGCGCAAAACAAAAUACUGGUGUAUGGCUAGUGAAAGUCCCAAAGUAUUUAUCACAGCAAUGGUCAAAAGCAACAGGGAGAGGAGAGGUCGGAAAGCUUCGAAUUGCAAAGAAUCAGGGCAAAGCGGAGGUUUCAUUCACACUCAAUGAGGACCUGACCAUUAUAGACAGCAUAGGGGAGAAAGCUUCUGUGGUACGAGCACCCAGAGACCAUCCAUUCACUCUUCAGACUGUUGGUGGACAGACUCUGGCUGUAUUUACAGAAAGUUCUACAGGGCAGUCAGAUGCUGAGGCCAGCGGCCCAGGUACAGGUACAGGCCCAGACAAAAUUGCACUGGAAGGAAUGGUGGUACAGAGAGCUGAAUGCAGACCGGCAGUAGGUGAAAACUACAUGAGGCUUAAGAGACUGCAGAUUGAGGAGUCAUCCAAACCCCUCAGAUUCACCCAACAGCUUGGUAAAGCUGUUACCACCAACUACAAACCUGUGGCUAAUCACACCUAUAACCUGGACUAUGAGAAGAGGAAGAAAGAAGAAGGGAAGAGGGCACGUGCAGAUAAACAGCAGGUGCAGGACAUGCUGUUUUCCGCCUUUGAGAAGCAUCAGUAUUAUAAUAUUAAGGAUCUUGUUGAUAUCACAAAACAGCCUGUGAUUUACUUGAAGGAGAUUCUUCGAGACAUUGGCAUCUACAAUGUCAAAGGCACCCACAAAAACACCUGGGAGCUUAAACCAGAGUACAGGCACUAUCCAGCUGAAGAAAAGAGUGACUGAGCGUUUUUACAGCACAGUAAUGAGCCCUGGACCCAUUUAUUGAAAUUAGUGGCUAUCAUAAAAAACCUUAACCUUCCCAAAGAACUGCAAAAUGGUAUUAUUUCUAGAUAUCGCUCAUUGUUUGUUUUUAGACAUUUCAGAAACCUUUGUGGGUUUUACAGCGUUGAGCAGUUUAUGUAAAGAAUUUCACUUUUUUGGAUUCACAUUAUAACAAACUACAGAAGGAUCAUAAGAUGGUGUUUAAUUUCAAAUGAUGUUUUUAUGUAUAAAUAUGCUAAUGUUUUAAAGAGAACAAGCUGUUAUAUAACUGUAAAGUUAUUUUCUGCUUAGAAAAUAGGCUUUUUACAUUGUGUGUUUUGAUGAUGUUGAAAUAAAGUUUUUGUAAAGUUUUUUUGA